AUGAACAAUUGUCUUUAUGUUGUCGGCGGCUGUUUCAAUGACAACAUGCAGGAAAUCGUCCAUAACUAUGGUUUUAAAUACGACCCUGCAACCCACGCGUGGAGUUCUAUUUCUCCGAUGAGAUCUGAACGCUGUCGUUUUUUUCUAGCUGAGGUCAAAGGAAAACUUUAUGCAAUCGGUGGUGAUCCUUCAGCUAGUAACCCUCUUGCAGAGGAUGCGGCUCCGUGUGAGUGCUAUAAUCCUGAGGAAAACAGUUGGACUCCGAUCUUGUCAAUGCCGAUCAAUCGGUCACAGCAUGCUGGGGUGGCAGUUGGCGACUUCCUAUAUGUCUCAGGCGGACUACAAGACAUUGAAGAAGAAACUUUCUCUGACUUCUAUAAGUAUGAUACAAACUCCAACAUCUGGACCACUCUGCCCCCGAUGUUGAUGCCACGGGCAGACCACACACUAUUCGUAUAUAACGGUCUGAUACAUGUGAUUGGUGGAUGGUACGAGGAUCUGGCCAAUCAGCAGCGGCGUAUGGCAGCAAACAUAGACCGGUUCAUUGAAGAUGAGAAUCGGUGGGAGACUGUGGGCGUUGUUCCCCAUCCCCGUCUAUAUGCGACUUACUCCGUAGUUGAAGGCAGUGUCUCUGUCAUUGGUGGCUGGAUUAAUGGGGACUACAUGAGGAAGGCACAUACGAUUCAGACAUAUGAUCUAGUGACCGGAAACUGGACAGAGGAAGAUAGUAGACAGAUAGAGCUUUGGGAACAUAGUGUAUGUUCUAUGUACAUACCAGAUUGGGAUCACACCUAG